CACAUUGGAUAUUUUUUAAGUUUUGUCUUUCUUUAUUUAUUAGGAGGCAAGGAGAUGUUGUAAAAUUUAGAUUUAUAACCUACAAAAUCACAGGCAUAUUCGGUUGCUUGAAUCUAUCCCCAAAUCGGUUUCUUUACGUAGGAGAGACGACGGUAAGAUGAUGGAUCCCGGAGCCGGCCCCACCACAGCAACCCCCAGCACCGAUGCUCCCUCGUCAGCCGGUUCGCUGCAUUCAACGGACACACCUGCAGCAGCCGUGCAACGGUGGGGUUUUGUGGUGUCACAACGCUUCCAACAUUUGCUCGACAAGUCAACGCCGUUCUUGCUCUACCGGUGGAUCGUUUUCUUUGCCAUAGCGCUCAUCUAUGGCGUCCGCGUGUUUUUUGUGCAAGGGUUUUACGUGGUCUCCUACGCACUCGGGAUAUACAUCCUUAAUCUGCUCAUAGGGUUUCUAUCUCCUCAGGUUGAUCCGGAAUUCCAAGACCUUUCCGAUGGUCCUACUCUUCCCUCUCGAAGCUCCGAUGAGUUCCGCCCUUUUGUUCGUCGUCUUCCCGAGUUUAAGUUUUGGUACUCGAUAACAAAAGCCUUCUGCAUUGCUUUUGUUUUGACAUUCUUCAGUGCAUUCGAUGUGCCUGUUUUUUGGCCUAUACUCCUUUUUUACUGGGUCAUCUUAUUCGCUCUUACCAUGAAGAAACAAAUACUGCAUAUGGUCAAAUACAAAUACGUCCCAUUUUCGUUUGGAAAACAGACUUACAAUGGCAAACGGGGGGCAACAUCAACCGAGAGAGAUCAUUUCGUACAGGUUUUUAGUAGUUGUAAGUUUAUUGUUAUAGACAAAUGA